UAAACCUGUAUCUGUGCAAAUGUGUCCAUGAAACAAAAUGACCAAUAGGAGUGUUUAUUUCUACCCCCAGUUAUUUGGUGGUCUUGUAUGGAUCCUGGUGGCUUCCUCCAAUGUUCCCGUGCCUCUGCUGCAGGGCUGGGUGAUGUUUGUCUCCAUCACCUCCUUCAUCCUAUCCUCCACCUACCUCAUCUUCCUCGUCACUGGCCUGGCUGACCGCAUCAUCACAGACUGGAACGUUCUGGAUGUAACUUACCAUUUUAUGGCAUUGCUUUUCUACUUUGCCGCCUUUGUGUUGGAGGCAGCAACUACGGCAGCUAAUGGAGGAGCCCACAUCAAGAUACUGCCCAACAGCACUGAAACUGUCAUGUGUAUAGCUUACCCUCGGGGCAAUAUAUUCACAGUCAUGGAUGACAGGCAAUACAGUGUUAAUGUGGCAGCCACGGUAUUUGCAUUUGUGGUGACAUUAUGUUAUGGCUGCAGUAUGGUGAUGGGAUUCAAGAGGUGGAUGUCGUAACCA